UCGUACCGAGGGUAAGGCGGAGACCGGGUCUACUUGGAAGCCACCUACCCUGCUGUUAACGUUGUGUGACGUUUGCUCUGAUGGACACGUAGGGCAAGAAAUCAAAGUUUCCCAAGGCGGCAUCCGAUUGGCCAGCGAUUCGAGCGGGCGGGCCGAGUGCCGAUGCGGUUUGGUUGCAGUGGCACCGGCUACAUAGGCUGGGGUACGGCGUGUCCUUGGGCUCAGACAGCGAGCGUGGGACAGAGACAAUAGCGGUCGGAGGAGGAGGAGGCCGGCAGCACUGAAAAUGGGAGACAUUGAAAAGGGCAAGAAGAUCUUUGUUCAGAAAUGUGCGCAGUGCCACACAGUCGAAAAGGGAGGAAAGCACAAGACUGGACCCAACCUGAAUGGCCUAAUUGGACGGAAGACUGGCCAAGCUGAGGGCUUCUCUUACACAGAAGCAAACAAGAAUAAAGGAAUCACCUGGGGUGAGGAAACACUGAUGGAGUACUUGGAAAAUCCUAAGAAGUACAUCCCAGGAACAAAGAUGAUUUUUGCUGGCAUUAAGAAGAAGACUGAGAGGGCAGACUUGAUAGCAUAUCUCAAAGAUGCCACUUCUAAGUAAUAGUUAUCUGCUGCCUUAUUUAUUUCACAACAGAGAAGGAAAUGAGUGUCUCUGUGAUGAGAUUGGUUUUUAAAUUUUCUAUUUUUACAUGCACUAUAUUAAACCUCCUUAAAAACUGUCUCAUCAGCUAGAGAAGGUUGCUCGUGGAUGGUUGUUAAAGAAUACAUUUUUUUGGCAGUCAUAACCUAUGGGAAUACAUGUAAAUUGGAUUGGGCUUGAAUGAGUACAAUCAUGUUCUGUGUUUUGUAGUCAUUCUGAUCAUGCAAUUAAAAAAAGAAAAGUU